AUGACCUCAAAACCAUCCGAUCCUCUAGCAGACGUUGGUUUGCCAGCGCCAGUGCUUCUUGGAAGUGCAUCCUUUACACGGAAACUAAUAUUGAAAGAAAUGGGAGUCAAAUAUCACAAACUGGUCCGCCCUAUUGACGAAAAGGGUUUGGGGGAUCGCAGCAAAGAUGCUCCAACCGAUCUUGUACUUGCCUUGGGCAAGGCCAAGAUGGACCACUUGGUAAAUGAGAUCAAGGCUGGAAAUUGCAAAGACGACAUGCCAAAAGCCAAUGAUGCUGGAACACAAGAAUGGGUCGUCCUCACGGGGGAUCAAGUCGUCACUUGCAAUGGUCAAAUUUUGGAAAAACCCGAAUCCAUUGGGGAGGCUCGAGAUUUUGUAUCCAGGUAUGCCAAAGAUGCACCUGCAACGGUUGGAUCUUGUGUAUUGACGCAUUUGCCUUCGGGCGUUCAAGUAUCUGGGGUGGAUACCGCCACGAUUCAUUUCAAACCAACGGUACCAGCCGAUUUGAUUGAUAAGCUGAUUGAGUUGGACGAACCCAUCAUGAGCUGUGCCGGAGGGCUCAUGAUUGAGCAUCCAUUGACAAGGGAACAUGUCGAGAAGAUUGAUGGCACAGAAGACUCAGUCAUGGGAUUGAGUAAAGAUUUGGUACUAAGGCUACUCGGUGAAUUAGCCGAAAAAGUCAAGGCGGAAUCGAAGUAA